AUUCGACUCGAACAGGAAGAGGGAGCGCCAUGCACAGCGAUUCGAGAAGUUUCUUUAUUACGGAAUCUUCGACAUGCAAACGUUGUCACCCUACAUGACAUCAUACAUACGGAUCGAUUGCUAACUUUAGUAAGUUAUUAUGGAUUUUUUUUCUUAUUCCUCUUCCAAUUGCUUCGAGGCCUAGCAUAUUGUCAUCAAAGACGCGUAUUACAUCGAGAUUUGAAACCUCAGAACCUUUUGAUAACAUCGAAAGGCGAGCUAAAGUUGGCCGAUUUUGGACUAGCAAGGGCAAAAUCGGUGCCAACGAAAACGUACUCGAACGAGGUGGUGACGUUAUGGUAUAGGCCACCGGAUGUGUUAUUAGGUGGGAUUUUAAUAAACGUGCGCUCAUUGAAAGCGUCUUCGACUCACAUAUGGUUGUGGUAUUACAGUAUCUUCUGGGCUACCGUAAUAAGAUUACUUGAGGAGAAUUUGGAAACAGUAAUUAUGUCAUUUUCAGGAUCUACCGAUUAUUCAACGCAUAUCGAUAUGUGGGGAGUUGGUUGUAUUCUUUUUGAAAUGACCGCUGGACGAGCGCUAUUUCCCGGAUCGACAGUUGAUGAGCAAUUAGGUUUAAUUUUCCGAACGCUAGGAUCUCCUCGAGGUGAUCGCCAUGCAACUAUAUGUGCUCGACCUGCCUAUGCUCCAUUCGCCCAGAAAGUCUACCAUCCGGAGCCCUUAAUAAGGCAAAUCCCAAGGCUGGACUCGAAUGGCUACGACCUGCUCUUGAAGUUCUUGCAGUACGAAGGCCGAGACCGAAUAUCAGCCCAAGACGCUAUGCGGCAUAACUUUUUAAGGACGUUGCCUCCGAAGGUGGGAUUUACUUCAUUUGAUUUU